AUGCGCGAUGAUGCGUAUGAGCCCAAUGGCUCGGAGCUGCCAUCGCUCAAAAUCGAGGUGUCCACACCUAUGGCUUUGCCUUCACCCUUUGCAGCGGUCCCUGAGGUACCCGAUUCCGUGGGCGCCUGGAAGUUAUCUUCCCCCCUAGAGGCACUUCGGAGUCAUGCGCGCUCUUUUGCCAUGCAAUUUAUGGAGGCCUUGCAGCAGCAGUUCCUGAGCUUCGUGGUGGAUGGAGCGGUGGUGGACCAGCACUGGCGCCCCUUCGAGGGGGCCCACAUCUUGGCCAUCGCUGCUGAGCCGCAGAUGGCGGCUACGGGGCGCGCCUUCGCGCUGUGGACGCACGGGGGUAGGGCAGUGGCCUGGGGCGAUCCUCUCUUCGGUGGUGAGGUUUCCGAUGUGCAGCAAGAGCUGCGCGAGGUGCGGGUCAUCGAAGCUUCGCACAGCGCCUUCUGCGCGCUGAGACUCGAUGGCUCGGUGGUCACCUGGGGCGAUCCUGCGGCUGGGGGUGAGACGUGCGGAGAUGUGCAGCGGCAGUUGAAGGAGGUGCGAAGCAUUGCAGCGUCAGAUCGGGCCUUUGCCGCGGUACUGGCAGAUGGCAGGGUUGUGACCUGGGGCAAUUCCGCUGCUGGUGGAGAUAGCUGCUGUGUGCAGGAGCAGCUGCGAGAUGUGGAGGACAUUCGGGGUUCCGCAGCGGCCUUUGCAGCGCUCACCCGCAGCGGCCGCGUGGUGACAUGGGGCCACAGGCAGUUUGGAGGAGACAGCCGUGGUGUCCAAGAUCAACUGCGAGACGUCCGCCAGAUCUCUGCUUCCGCCGGCGCGUUUGCGGCGCUGUUGGCCGAUGGAUCUGUGGUCACCUGGGGAAACCCACGACAUGGUGGAGACUGUUCCUUCGUCUCGCCGCGUGUCCAGCAGCUGGCGGCCUCGGCCGCCGCCUUUGCGGCGCGGACCACGGAGGGCCACGUGGUGACCUGGGGACAUCCGGACUACGGUGGCGACGGCAGUGCCAUCAGCACUCACCUCCCCAAGCUGCGCAACGAUGACAUCCUGCAUGGCUCAGCGGCGGCCUUUGCUGUGAUGUCGGAGGGCGGCUCCCUGUUCACCUGCGGCCACCGCCGUUACGGCGGCGCUUUGGACGCGGGCUGCGCCUGCAACGACGCCGCGCAGCUGCUGUGCAACUGGAGACGCCUCGGAUUUGUGGCGCGGAGGAAGGAUGGUACUGUGGUCACCUGGGGCCAAGAUUUCGACGCCUCGCCACCGAAAGAUCUCCGUGUGCAGCGGCUGCUGGCAGCCAACGGUGCAGCCAUCGCUGCCUUGGCGAAGGGGAAGCUGGUGACCUGGGGCCAGGCAGAUGCUGGCGGUGACACAGGUAAGGUGCAAGAUCUGCUGACGCAGCUGUGA